AUGACAGAGCAAGUUUAUGGGUCCCUUGGAUCAGGGUUGUUAGACCUUUCGGAUAACCUGAAGUUAUCGAUUGCCACUAGCCUUUUUUCAAAAGCUUGCGUUUUGCAAGAUAAAGAUGUAACUGAAACAGUGUUACUCAAGACUAAGAGUGGGUUCGAGUUGUUUGAACCAAAUGCCAUAGUUCGAUAUCUGGCCUCAUCAAGAAUUGGAUUGGAUGCUUUCAAGCGCUCUAAUUUGUCCCAUUUUGAAGAAGUUGUACUUUAUAACGUUUUGAAAUCUGGUAAAUCUUUGACAGAACCGCUUUUGGAGUUACCCCCAAUUAAUACAUCAUCCCCAGAACAAGUCAUCUUAUUUUCCUCUCUUUACCCAAUUAAAGAUUCAUUGCCAAAAUCUGCUAAUACAUGGAUCUCCGAAUUUGCUUCCAAAGUUGAGAAAGCUGUUGCUCAUGCUAUCUCCAUAACAAAGCUUGAGCGUGCAAAGGAAGAAAAUACCGGAGCUUCUCAUGUUGAAGCAGAAUUUGUGAAACCACAAGAUGCAAGUAUUAAGCCAAAGCCAAAUGAAAGGAAUAUCUUAAUCACAUCAGCUCUGCCAUAUGUCAACAACGUUCCUCACUUGGGCAAUAUUGUUGGAUCUGUUUUAAGUGCUGAUAUCUAUGCCCGCUUUUGUAAAGCUAGAAAUUACAACACAUUGUUCAUUUGUGGUACAGACGAAUAUGGUACUGCUACGGAGACAAAAGCACUAGAAGAGAACGUUACUCCAAGAGAGCUCUGCACGAAGUAUCACAAGAUCCAUUCUGAUGUAUACAAAUGGUUCCAAAUUGGUUUUGAUUAUUUUGGUAGGACUACUACAGAGUUGCAAACUGAGAUUGCUCAAGAUAUCUUUAUGAAGCUUUACAAUAAUGGGUAUUUGGAGGAACAAUCUAUGAGACAGUUAUAUUGUCCGGUUCACAAUGGAUUCUUAGCUGACCGAUAUGUCGAGGGGGAAUGUCCAAAAUGUCAUUAUGAAGAUGCCAGAGGAGACCAAUGUGAUAAGUGUGGUACUCUUUUGGAUCCUUUCGAAUUGAUCAACCCUCGCUGUAAACUUGACAAUGCUUCUCCGGAACCCAAGAAUUCUGACCAUAUAUUCUUAUCACUAGAUAAGUUGGAACCUCCUCUUCGUGAAUGGGUUGCUAAAGCUAGUGAAGAGGGAAAAUGGUCGAAAAACUCGAGAACAAUCACUGACUCGUGGAUCAAAGAGGGACUGUUGCCUCGUUGCAUCACCAGAGAUCUGGUCUGGGGUACACCAGUUCCUCUAGAUGGUUUUGAGAAGAAAGUUCUAUACGUUUGGUUUGACGCUACAAUUGGUUAUAUUUCUAUCACUGCCAACUACACCAAACACUGGAAAGAAUGGUGGAAAAAUCCAGACCACGUUGAUCUUUACCAGUUCAUGGGUAAGGACAAUGUUCCUUUUCAUACUGUCGUUUUCCCAGCCUCUGAAAUUGGUACUGGAGACAAAUGGACCAUGUUACAUCAUCUAAGCACUACCGAGUACUUACAGUAUGAAGGCGGAAAGUUUUCGAAGUCCAGAGGUAUUGGAGUGUUCGGUAACAAUGCUCAGGAUUCAGGUAUCCCUCCUUCUGUAUGGAGAUAUUAUCUGGCUAGUAUUAGACCAGAGAGCUCUGAUUCUCAAUUUUCAUGGGGAGAGUUUGUCUCCAAGAACAACAAUGAACUGCUUGCCAAUCUAGGUAACUUUGUAAACAGAUUGACCAAAUUUGUUAAUGCAAAAUAUAAUGGUGUUGUCCCUGACUAUGACGUUUCCAAUUGUGAGAACUAUGAAGUUCUGGUGAGGGAUGUUAACGCAAUUUUGAAACAAUACUUGAUUGACUUGGAAGGUGUUCAUUUAAGGAAGGGACUUGAAGUCGCCAUGCAACUUUCCGCCAGAGGAAACCAAUUCUUGCAAGACAACAAACUGGACAACUCUUUGUACAAUGACAAGCCUGCCAAAUCAGAUGCCGUUGUUGCAAUUGGAUUAAAUUUAAUUUACUUAGUCGGGAGUGUCAUUUAUCCUUACAUGCCUGAGACUACAACUCAGAUCAAUCAAAUUUUGAACACUGCAAGCUUACGCAUCCCAGACGAGUUUGGACUUUUCAUCAAAGCAGGUCAUUGUAUCAACAAGGCCCAGUAUUUGUUCAAGAGAAUUGAUGAGAAGAAAGUCGACGAAUGGAGAGCUUUGUACGGCGGUAAGCAAGUAAAAUAG